AUGGUUAUGAAUAUCGGCAUUUCAGUUCUUAUUUUUAUUGACAAGAACCUGCACCAGCCUAUGUAUCUCAUAUUUUGCAACCUGUCACUCAGUGAUGUUAUUGGAACUACUCGUGUUUUGCCUCGUUUGCUUGUAGACAUUUUGCGGCCUCCUUCUGAGCGUCUCAUCAGUUAUUAUGGAUGUGUGGUUCAAGCUUUCCUCACACAGUUUUUUGGUACCACCUCCCACACUGUGCUCAUGAUUAUGGCCUUUGACAGAUAUGUGGCAAUCUGCUAUCCACUACGCUAUUCAACAAUAAUGACUAACAAGAUGAUGAUGAAGCUGACAGUUUUUGCCUGGGGAUCAGCCUUUUUUUUCGUUGGGAUUCUUAUUGGUCUGACCGUAAGGCUGAACCGAUGCAGGACUAUGAUCAAGAAUUCGCACUGUGACAAUGCCUCCUUGUUUAAACUCUCAUGUGAGAGUGUGUUAAUUAAUAAUAUCUAUGGCCUCACAUUUACUGUUGUUUUGCUCACAGCUUCUAUAGGCAGCAUAGUUUUUACUUACACUAAGAUUGCAGUAGUUUGUCUGACCAGUAAAAACAAGUCUUUGAACAGUAAAGCCUUGAAGACCUGCAGCACUCACCUAGUUGUGUAUCUGAUCAUGUUGAUCAGUGGAUUUGUUGUAAUUAUCCUGCAUCGUUUCCCUCAGUACUCAGAGUACAGAAAACUUUCUGCCAUACUGUUUUUAAAAUUUUCUGCUACUGUUUCAAUUGUCCCUGGCAGCCUCAACACCAUUAUUUAUGGUGUGCAGUCCAAAGAGAUCAGGAAAUCCUUAUAUUAA